AUGGCGUCCAGAUCCAUGCACACGCCGCCGCGACAGACGCUUGCCGGCCUGGCUGCUGCUAGGGGCCGAGCGUCGUCGGCAAGGAGGGCGACCGCCGCAGACAGCCCGGGCAACUGGCGGCAUCCUCGCAUGGACGAGAUCACGCGGCGGCGCUCGGCCAACGUGUUUACCGAGUCCAACCUUAAGACGGCCAUCUACAACGGCCUGGCCCUGGGUGUCGUGUACGUUGCCCGGACGGCCAACGGGACUGUCUACCAGCAGAUCUGUCGAUUUUUGGUUCCUGUUCGAUACGCGCCCACGCUCUGGCUCCUCGUCCAGCUCGCCCUCGUCCUCAACAUCGCCCGGGCCAUCAUGCCUCUUUUCCGCCAGCCCGACACCAUGGCCGAUAUCCCGCUGACGCCCGGCCAGCGCAAGCUGCUCGGCCUGGUGCCUGUCCGCAUGUCGGCCUCGGUCACCCCCGGAGGCGUUGCUGCCUUCACCACGCCGCCGCGCUACGCCCGCACGCCGUCCAUGUCGAGCUCGCCAGCCGCCGCCGCCAGCGGCCUCACCGCCGCCAGCAAUAUGGCCACCGGGUCGCGCAGCAGCUACGCCAGCUACACGAGCUCGCCUAUCUCCAGCAGCCCGCUCUUCAACAAGACCCGCGCCGUCUCAGGCACCAGCUCGUCCUUCUCGACUGCUGCCAGCCCCUUUCCCAAGGGACGGAGGUCGUCGUUUGGGUCGUUUGGGUCGCCUGGCGCGGUCUCGUCUGGAGCUGGCCCUGCGAGCGCCCCGUCGCCGUCGUUGUUCUCCGAAUCAACCCUCUCUGUCUUCCCGGGAACGCCCAGCCCCAGCUCGGGAAAGCGCCUCAGCAUGGGACUCAACAACAAGUGGCUAUACGAGAAGGGCCGGCGAGGCUCCGGCAGUGCGGCCCGGAUCUACUAA